GCCGCCUCACAGCAACAGGUCACCGGAGCGCCCCGGCCCGUCCCGGCCCGUCCCCGCCCGGCCCGGCCAUGCCGCUGCGGCUGCUGCUCUGCCUGCUGGCGCUCUGCAGCCCCGCCGCCGCGCACGGUGGAAUCUGCUGGCUGCAACAGGGGAAGGAGGCCAAGUGCACCAUGAUCCUGAAGACAGGCGUGACGUGGGAGGAAUGCUGUGCCAACGGCAACGUGGAUGUGGCCUGGUCUAACUACACCUACCCAGGCAACAAGAUCAGCCUGCUGGGCUUCCUGGGGCUGGUGACCUGCCACCCCUGCAAAGAGAGCUGCGAGGGGGUGGUGUGCGGCCCCGACAAGGUGUGCAAGAUGAAGCACGGCCGUCCCCAGUGUGCCUGUGCCCCCGACUGCUCCAGCCUGCCCCGCAAGCUGCAGGUCUGUGGCUCCGAUGGCUACACCUACCGGGACGAGUGUGACCUGCUGACGGCCAAGUGCAGAGACCACCCCGACCUCGAAGUGAUGUACCAGGGCAAAUGCAAAAAGUCCUGCUCCAGCGUGGUGUGCCCUGGCACCCACACCUGCGUGGUGGACCAGACAGGCAGUGCCCACUGUGUGAUGUGCCGGACAGCCCCCUGCCCUGAGCCCACCAGCCUGGACCACGCUCUCUGUGGCAACAACAACGUCACCUACCCCUCGGCGUGCCACCUGCGGCGAGCCACCUGCCACCGUGGCCGCUCCAUCGGCGUGCGCCACUACGGGAGCUGCUCAGCUGCGGCCAAAUUCUCCGCAGAGACGGACAGCGUGGAGGAGAACUAUGUGUGAAUCGUCCCUCGGCCGAGCCGGAGCUGGGAGACAGGGGCAUUAUGUGUAUAUUGUACAAACCAUAUACUUGAUAUUUAUUAAGAUAAAAAGAUUCUUAUUUAUCCCUGUGUAUGUUAAGCAGUCGCAGGGGGCUCGAUUCCCAUCCUGCCGGCCAGGGAGCAGGGAAGGGGGCUCAUGGCUGGAGCAAGGCUGAGAUGCCCUGGGAUGCUCCGGUGCCCGCCUGGUGCCCGGCAGAGCGGCCCUUCCCUGCUGCCGGUGUGGUGUGGAGGGGUGUCCGUGGGCCCCCCCCACGUGUCCUUGGCCGGCAGCCCUGGGCCUAUUUAUUUUUGGAUUAAUUCUCGGUACUCUGCUGACGUUUCUGGCCAGGACCUCAAGGUCUAGAGGGAAUCUGCGCUUUUGCCUUCCCCGAGGGGCUCGGCCCCAGCUGCCAGUGGCAGGAAAGGCAGUGCACGCUGCAUCAGAUUGGAGAGAGAUAGAUAUAUAUUUUUAUAUACAUAUAUAUAAAAAAAUAUAUGUACGUUAUUGUCUCCUAAAGUUUCAGCAUGUGUGUGUUCAAAUGGAUUUCAGUUUAGGUUCUCCUAGGCCCAUUCAGACCAGGCUCCCACCAUCUUUGGAGGUGACGCCGGUGCCCGGAGGGCUGGUGCAGUGGCAGCCCUGGCUGGGGAGCACAACCGUCCCCCUACCCAGAGCCCAUCGCCCGGGGCAGCUGCCCCCAGCCCCCCUAAUGCCUGCCUGCCAGAACAGCUUUGGGCACAGCCCAGGCUCUGGGGGGAGCUGGCCCUGUCCCCCCCACCCCAGAACCCCUCACCGCGGCUGCGUAGCCCCGCACCCCCUGCUCUGCCCACACCUGUAUUUAUUUUUACUCCUUCUCUCAUUUCUUCCGUUGUCACCUGUGUAAAUACCAGCUCAGCUCUGACACCAAAAAGCUCUUGACUUUAUAUAAAUAUCAUAUAUAUAUAUUAUAUAUAAAAAAUACCUUAUUUUCUAUUUUUGUAUGAUUGGGUUCUGACCCCCGAGGUAGACGCUUUGGGAACAUCCACAUUCCCUAUUCCAUAUUGUUGGGGCAUUUUACGGCUGUGUUAUGAUUUGGAUUACAAUUAAAAACCAGAAUAAACA